AUGAUGGUGACUGGAUUGAAUACGCGCCACACUGGAGAGCGUUUCCAGCACUCCCAUACUACGAUUUCCUACUACUUCUGCAUUGUCCUCGAUGCCGUAUCCUCACCCCCGUUCUACACGAAGCACGUGCAGCUGCCAAAGGAUGGGGACCAGCCACACAGCUACCUACACGACAAUCCGAAUUUCUGGCCUUUUUUUGAGGGCUGCGACAGCGCUGUAGAUGGCAGCCACAUCGCCUCUGCACCAACGGCCAGGGAGAGACACAGCCACCGUGAUCGGAAA